AUGGCGACUUCAAAGACCAGCAAGGUGGCGUUAAAAAUCUGGGAAAAUUUGGUGGUGGAACCAAAAGCGAAAUUUGUGAACCGAUUAUUGAUGACCUCUCCAGCUUUGCCGAAGAAUGGUUCUGAGCAAAGGGGUUCUCCUACCAUGAAGUCACUCAGAGCAUUGGCACUACUGGGUGCUGGUGUAACCGGGCUUCUUGGUUUCACAACUAUUGCAUCUGCCGAUGAGGCUGAACAUGGUUUGGCUGCCCCAAGCUAUCCCUGGCCUCAUAGUGGUGUUCUCAGUUCAUAUGAUCAUGCCUCGAUCCGCCGUGGGCAUCAGGUGUAUCAGCAAGUAUGUGCAUCCUGCCAUUCAAUGUCUCUUGUGUCGUAUCGUGACUUAGUGGGUGUUGCAUAUACUGAGGAUGAAGUAAAAGCAAUGGCUGCUGAGAUCGAGGUGACUGAUGGACCUAAUGAUGAGGGUGAGAUGUUUACUCGCCCUGGGAAACUGAGUGACCGUUUUCCACAGCCAUAUGCUAAUGAAGCAGCAGCCAGAUUCGCUAAUGGAGGUGCUUAUCCUCCGGACUUGAGUCUCAUUACCAAGGCUCGUCACAAUGGUCAAAAUUAUGUCUUUGCCCUUUUAACUGGCUACCGUGAUCCUCCUGCUGGCAUUUCUAUUCGAGAAGGAUUGCAUUAUAACGCUUACUUUCCGGGUGGUGCUAUUGCUAUGCCCAAAAUGCUUAUUGAUGGUGCAGUCGAGUAUGAGGACAGUACUCCAGCAACUGAAUCCCAGAUGGGGAAAGAUGUGGUGACAUUUUUGUCGUGGGCUGCGGAGCCAGAGAUGGAAGAAAGAAAGCUGAUGGGAUUCAAGUGGAUAUUUGUACUGUCCCUCGCACUCCUUCAAGCUGGAUACUACAGGCGCUUGAAAUGGUCGGUUUUCAAAUCACGCAAACUAGUCCUCGACGUGGUUAAUUAA